AUGCGUAGGGAUAGCAGAGAAGCUCGCAAUUCAAGGGCUGCAAUACUUGGCUCCCCAGAAGAUUUCUUUGCAGAUAAUGUCAGCUUCGAUGAGUACAUCUGCAGUCCAUACAAUCGAAAUCCAUUUACUGAUGAAGCUGCUCCUACAAUUCGAAGGAGAAAGAGAUCCAGAGUUACCCACUUCUUAAAAAGAAAUAUUCAACGAUUGUUCCAUAUGGGAGUUGAACGGAAAACCACUCAAAUUAUCUACCCCGUGAUUAGAAAUGCAGCAGACAUCCCCAAUUAUGAGGCUAUUGUCCCUGCACGUCAUGUUACGACUAGUAUGGCAGUACUUUCACAAUCAAUCCACCUAAACAAUAACUUUAGAGGCGGGAUAAUAAAUAGACAGAGAGGUGUAGUGUAUUUACUUUCUUCUGUGUCAGCUAGGUCUUCGGUUGAAUCCCUUUUUGAGGAUGAUCAAGCUUCGCUUGAGGGUACUGGCGCCACCACUGCUGAUUCUAAUAUUCAUGUAUUCUAG